GGGCCGUCAGGAUAAAUACUCAGAACUGGGUGCGGGGUGUUGAGAGAGAACUCCGGAGGAACGCCUGAGCCGAGCAGCACCGAGGACAGCUCCCGGCAGCGCCUGCCCCCGUCUUCCUCCGCAGCCCAGAUCUCUUUCACACACACACACACACACACACACUGAGGUUCUUGCUUACCCCAUACUCGCACGGACACACACACACACUCACACGCACACACACACACACACACACACGCAUACACGCAGACACAUACUCGGCUGUACAAUGGCAGAAUCCCACCUGCAAUCAUCCCUGAUCACAGCCUCACAGUUUUUCGAGAUCUGGCUUCAUUUCGACGCAGAUGGAAGUGGUUAUCUGGAAGGAAAGGAGCUGCAGAACUUGAUUCAGGAGCUCCAGCAAGCACGGAAGAAGGCUGGAUUGGAGUUAUCACCGGAGAUGAAAACCUUUGUGGAUCAAUACGGGCAGAGAGAGGAUGGAAAAAUAGGAAUUGUAGAGUUGGCUCACGUGUUACCGACAGAAGAGAACUUCCUGCUGCUCUUCCGAUGCCAGCAGCUGAAGUCCUGUGAGGAAUUCAUGAAGACAUGGAGAAAGUAUGAUACUGAUCACAGUGGCUUCAUAGAAACGGAGGAGCUUAAGAACUUUCUAAAGGACCUGCUGGAAAAAGCAAACAAGACUGUUGAUGAUACAAAACUAGCUGAGUAUACAGACCUGAUGCUGAAAUUAUUUGAUUCGAAUAAUGAUGGGAAGCUGGAAUUAACUGAGAUGGCCAGGUUACUACCAGUACAGGAGAAUUUUCUUCUGAAAUUUCAGGGAGUCAAAAUGUGUGGGAAAGAGUUCAAUAAAGCUUUUGAGUUAUAUGAUCAGGACGGCAAUGGGUACAUAGAUGAAAAUGAACUGGAUGCUCUACUGAAGGAUCUGUGUGAGAAGAAUAAACAGGACCUGGAUAUUAAUAAUAUUCCAACAUACAAGAAGAGCAUAAUGGCUUUAUCAGAUGGAGGAAAGCUGUACCGAACGGAUCUUGCUCUCAUUCUCUGUGCUGGAGACAACUAGAGUUAAUGACCAUGACCACUUACUAGCGAUACAUUGUAUCUAAAAAAUAACUGUGCACUAUAAGGGAGUAGGCUGUAUUUUCUUUUGUAUCUGUAAAUUUAACUGCAUAUAGCUAAUUAUCCAGGAUGUGUGGCACUUUCUUUUCGGCUUGUUUCUACACUGUUUGUAAUGUACAGUUUUUGUAACUACAUGAUUGGAAAAGAACGUCUUAGGCUCAGGCCAGCCAAUACACCCAACUGGGAACAAAAAAUAACCGAACACAUUCUUGCUUUCACAAAUAUAGUUGGACAUGAUUUCCCUAAAAAUUCCACUAGGAUUAAUCUCUAAAAUUCUAGUCUCUGAUGUGUAAAUGCACAUUUGUCACUGAAUAGGAGAAUUAUACCUAACAAGUUACCGCUUCAGACAAUCAUAGGUCUGUCCCACAAGAUAGUCUUAAGCUGUAUUUCCAAUUAUUAGGAGGAAUGUGCUUUUGCAUCUAAAAUACCAAAAUAUCAAUCAAUAGUUAGUUAUUUGUGGCUCUAUGAGGUUAACAGUCUCACUAGACAAGACUUAGUUAAUUAAUCAACAACACAUCUACUGCUUGAAUCCAUACCAAGCUAUUGGUUCAAGUUAAUUUGAUGACAAGGAAGAGUAGCACCAGAUGAAACAUAAAUCUGUCUGAUUCUACAUCUGUAUUUCCAACAAGCCUACUGUCAGAGAGUAUGACCUUAAUCCAUUUUCUAAACUGUUUUCACGUGUUGCAAAUUAUAAUUAUUCUAGUCAACUGCUGUUUUUAUGUCAUAUUGUGUGAUCUCUGAUUAAAUUAUAUAUGCCGAGUA